AUGAGUGCGAAUGAAAAAUCUGUUGAUAUUGAUCAAGACCAGGCAUCGAAAGAUGGCUCUUCUAGUUCAUACAUCACGGUUGAAGAAGUUCAAUCUCUUGUUGCUGAUGAAAGUAUUCCAUUACCUUUUCGACAAGAAGAGUUCCACUCUUCUCCUACACAAGAGGAGAGUUCAUCUUCUCCUAUGGAAGAAGAUGACAAUUUUUCUUUUGAUAAUGCAUUCGUUUUGGAUGAAGGCAAAACUAAUCAUUCCCAUGAAAACGAUAGUUCAAAUGAUGUGUGGACUCUUGAGUUUGAUGGUAGUUGCGCUACAAAUGGAUCCAGAGCCGACGUAGUUCUCAUAUCUCCUAAGGGAGAGAUCUUCCCUUAUUCCUUCAAAUUGCAAUUUGCUAAUACUAACAAUACAACUGAAUAUGAGUCGCUUUUGUUAGGAAUGAGCGUUGCAUUGAAAAGAGGAAUCAAAAAUCUUCAUGCCCAGGGUGAUGCAAAAUUAGUAGUUUGUCAAGUAAGGAGUAUAUAUCAGACUAGAAAUGACAGACUCAGGCAUUACUGUAAUUUGGUAUGGGAAAAUAUUGAAGAUUUCGAUGCUUUUAGCAUCUCAGUUGUGCCUCGUGAAUACAACGAUAGGGCUGAUUCCCUUGUUGUUUCAGCUACUUCGUUAAUUCCACAUCUUGACUUUGGUCAAGAUUAA